AUGUAUAUAUAUAUAAUUUUCCUUUCCAUAUCGGUGUUUCCGUUCUCCUUUCUCCCGACACCUUGCGCUUCACGUGUCAGGGGGAUAUGGACGGCACCGAUAGCUCGAAUAACUGGCCUCUAUGCCUCAAUGAACCCGUUCAGUUCGUACACAUUUCCGUGCCAUUCCUCUCCGCCGUAAAGCUCCAUUAAUCCCACCGGCGCAAACUACAUUGACCAGAAGGCCCCGCGAUGCGGAGGCUCCGUGAGACGGAAGUAGAAAUGUUGGAGGCGCGAUUCCUGUUGGGAACUGUAGUUUAAGGUCGGCAUUAAAACGGUAAAGCCCAAAUGUAAUUUUUAAAAAUGUUUUUUUUUUCAAAGCAUAUUGCGAGAGCGAAACAACACGCCCCCGAGAUUGUAGGCGCAACUGCGAUCUGAAUUCACAAUUUAUUUGUUUAGUCUACGAUCUAAAAUAAACUACAAUCCCACAAGGCACAUGGAAACGGCCAGUGAGGCCCCGAGCUGGGGUGCCCGAUUAUUGCCUGAAUAGUUUCAAGGUGCACUGGUGUGUCGGUAUUUGCCUGUGUAUUUUGAUAUCAAUGUUGCUGUGCAGGAGAGAGCGCACUGAGAGGAUGAGUGUGGAGGUGGAGAGGAAGUUUGUGUGCGGCCCGGAUAUCCAGACCAGACUGAACGAUUUGGCAGUAGCAGUGUGUCUGGGAUGUGCUCAGUUCCUGGACCAGUAUUUUGACACUCCUGACUGUCGCCUCACGCUCCGGGACGUCUGGUUGCGCCGCCGCCAGGGCAGCUGGGAGCUGAAGUGUCGCGACGGAGCGACAAGGCGCCGGAGCGCCGCGGAGAGCCGCCAACAGGAGAGAGGAGGGGACGCGCUCUGCACCCGCUACCGGGAGAUCACAGAGCUGGCAGAGGUCAUCGCCAGGGUGAGAGAGGAGCUGCGAGAGGGAGACCAUGAGCAAGCAGCGAGGGUUCGAGACGGACAGAUGAGGGAAGAUGGAGGGGGAGAAGGAAAAAGCCCAGCUUCAACAGAGACACAGGUGACUGGAACUGGAGCCCGCCUUGGGACAGGAAGUGACAUCGGGCAAGGAAAUGCAGAAAUCCCACCCACGGGAAGUGACAUCAAGACAAGUGAUACAGAAGACCCUCCCACAGGAAGUCAGGUGUCAGGGGGAGAGGAAGAGAAUAGUAGCCCCUCCUGGGUUCGGGAACUCUGCCUCUUCCCCUUUGCUCAGUUCACCACUGAGAGGUGCUCUUACAUCCUGCCCAUGGAGGGGGAGGAGGAAGAGGUGGAGGGAGGGGGGACGCGGGUCGAUCUGGACCGGACAGAUUUUGGGUUCUGUGUUGGUGAGAUCGAGGUGCUGGUCCAGAGCCCAGAGGAGAUGGAUUCUGCACUCAGGAAGAUUGAGAGGACAGCCCAGAGACUGGGUAACUGACUGUCUGUGUGACUGUGAAUGAGUCUG